AUGUGGAAGCCGUCGCAGAGGCUGAUGGAAACCAUCAGCCAUUAUGCCAGCUUCCCCGCCACUGGUGUGUCCCUGCGGCAGAUGGUCCAGUUUGGAGAUAGACCCUCGACUGGCACCCUGUUCCGCGCCUCGCAAUUCCUGUCGGAAGAACUUCCCAUUCGUCUAGCCCACCGUGUCCAGGAUCUUGGCGAGCUCCCUGAUGGACUCAGUGAGAUGCCUUCGAUCAAGAAGGUCCAGGACUGGUACGCGCAGUCGUUCGAGGAAAUCAUCACUCUCCCUCGACCGACUCUGAGUCAAGAAGUGAAGCAACGUCUGCUGCGACCCGGGCGCAUGAACGGCAGUCAUUCCAAGAUCCUAUCGGAAGCGACCCAAAACCCUAGUAUCAAAGAAGGACAGUAUCGGUCUUCCCCCUCAUCUGCAACGAAUGGCCAUGGCAAUGGAAAAGCGGCCGCUGCUGCCGCCCGAAGAUACUUUGCCCCGUCGGACGAUCAAGGCAACUGGCCUCCGGAAUUGAACGACUACAACGAACGCUUCGCCAAGACACUGCAACAGAUCAAACGCCGACAUGAUAGUGUGGUCACCACCGUGGCUCAGGGUAUACUAGAAUGGAAACGCAAGCGCCAGCGGUUGCAAAUCGACUCCACCGUUCAGUCUUUCCUCGAUCGCUUCUACAUGUCUCGAAUAGGUAUACGAAUGUUAAUCGGCCAGCACAUCGCUCUAACGGAACAAACGCAUGUCAAGCAUCCAAACUAUGUCGGCAUCAUCUGUACCAAGACCAAUGUUCGCGAGGUCGCUUUGGAGGCUAUUGACAACGCUCGUUUCGUCUGUGAGGACUACUACGGUCUUUUCGACGCUCCCAAGGUCCAGCUCGUCUGCAAGGACGAUCUGAACUUCAUGUACGUUCCCGGUCACUUGUCUCACAUGCUCUUCGAAACCUUGAAGAACUCCCUGCGUGCCGUUGUGGAAACCCACGGUGCGGAUAAGGAGGCAUUCCCCAUCACCAAAGUCAUCAUCGCCGAGGGCAAAGAAGACAUCACGAUCAAGGUCUCCGACGAAGGUGGCGGCAUCCCCCGUUCGGCUAUCCCCUUGGUCUGGACCUACAUGUACACCACCGUGGAACAAACGCCCAACUUGGAUCCGGACUUCGACAAGAGCGAUUUUAAGGCUCCCAUGGCCGGUUUCGGCUAUGGUCUACCAAUCAGUCGCCUAUAUGCCCGAUACUUUGGUGGAGACCUAAAGUUGAUCAGUAUGGAGGGGUAUGGCACCGACGUGUACCUUCAUCUGAACCGUCUCUCCUCGAGUUCGGAACCCCUGCAAUGA